CCGCCUCCCGGGCCUGGCCGAGACCCGGGCGGAGACGCUCACCUGCUCCCCGGCGCGUCCGGAGCCCCGAGCCGCGAGCCCCGCGGACGACUGCCCGCCCCCCCACCACGAUGAGCAAGUUGGGCAAGUUCUUCAAAGGCGGAGGCUCUUCCAAGAGCCGCGCGGCCCCCAGCGCCCAGGAAGCUCUGGCCCGACUUCGGGAGACGGAGGAGAUGCUGGGCAAGAAGCAGGAGUACCUGGAAGGCCGCAUCCAGAGGGAGCUCAGCCUGGCCAGGAAGCACGGCACGCAGAACAAACGAGCUGCAUUACAGGCCCUGAAGAGGAAGAAGAGGUAUGAGAAGCAGCUCACUCAGAUUGACGGCACACUUUCCACCAUUGAGUUCCAGAGAGAAGCCUUGGAAAACUCAUACACGAACACGGAGGUGUUAAAGAAUAUGGGCCUUGCAGCGAAAGCCAUGAAAGCCGUUCAUGAGAACAUGGAUCUGAACAAAAUAGAUGAUUUGAUGCAAGAGAUCACAGAGCAACAGGAUAUUGCCCAGGAAAUCUCUGAAGCAUUUUCUCAGCGGGUUGGAUUCGGCGGUGACUUUGAUGAGGAUGAGCUGAUGGCAGAACUUGAAGAACUGGAGCAGGAAGAAUUAAAUAAGAAGAUGACAAAUAUCAGACUUCCGAAUGUGCCUUCCUCCUCGCUCCCAGCUCAGCCAGACAGAGGGUCGGGUAGGAUGCCCAGCACGUCCUCUGCACACCGCUCUCGAGCAGCAUCUUCUAGGAGGACAGAAGGAGAGGAUGAUGACAUCCAACAUUUGGCAGCUUGGGCUACUUAGAAGAGAAGUUUUGGACACAGCUGUACAUAAGACAUGACGAUGUUUUUGCCAAAUACCGAAGCCAUCACAGAGUCUUUUAUAUUUAUACUGGAUGAAUAAUUGUCUUUUAAGCCUCAUAGGUAAAAGUUAAAGGAGUCGUGUGUAGAUUUAGGAUCCCUUUAAGAUGAAAAGGGACUUCCCAGUAGCGUUUUGGAGGAUCUCUUCAUCCCAAUGGAGGGACCACUCUACCCUGUUCCCGGCUGUAUUUCCAGUCCUGGCACAUGGUUGGUACUCUCUGUGUAUCUGUUGAAAGAAAACUGAAUCCUAUUACAUGUGAAACAUAUAAUCGACUAUAAGCACUUAAGAGUGACGUGUUCAGGGAAGACGGAGGAGGGAACUGGCCUCCCUGUGAAGGCGGGGUUUGCAGUGUGUGUCCAUGUUAGGAGAUUUGUAGCCCAGGGUAAAUGUUCAAGAAAUACAACUCUUCCUAGGCGAGGCUUCUUGUAAAGAAGUCUUGUGUGAGUUUACACAUAAAUAGUUUCAUUGAGUUUUGCAAUUUAAAAUCUUAAGGGAGUUUUAAUUGACAUUUAUUAUGCCAAUUAAGCCUGGAAUGGGGCAAUGGCUGCAUUUCCCAAAAUGUCUGGAAGCACUAACAGCUUCCACUGCUGAGCGAGAAUCUCCUGGGUGUCAUUGAGCCGUUUAGGGAGCUGCAUUUCUGUUCCCAGGCCAUUAUGAUGCUAUUGUGGCUUCAGUGUGCUAAAUGUGUGUUCAUUCUUUUAUGUUUUGGGCUCUGUCGUUCAUUUAUUUACAGUUUGCGUCAUCUUCUUUGUAAAUACAUAGAAAUAUAGGCAAUUAAAAAUAUAUCUUAGAUAAAA